AUGGCCCGCCCCAAGAAGACCGCUGUCGAGAAGCAGCCUGCUCCCGUACCUAUUCCCCCCCAGCACAUCCAGCAAUACCCUCAACACCCUCAGCCUAUUGCCGCUGUUCCCCAGCAAACAAUGGCCGUUCCCAUGCCCGCAGCUGUCGCGGUUCCUCAACCUCAAGCUGUCAUGCCGCAGCGCGUUGUUGACAAUGACAGCUUUCUUCGCGUGCGCGAUUCGGCCGUUGGUCGCUUGACUACCAUUCUUGAGCUCUUGAGAUCUUUCACAGCCGACUAUGUUCGCCAGACCAACCUCCUGCUUGGCGAGCCUACUGCCGAGGGCUCCCAGGACAACCUUCUUGCCAACUUUGAGCAUGCCGCUCAGCAGCUGAUUAUCAACCCCCCUGAGCUGGCUCCUCCCGUCGAGGAGAAGAAGGAGCGCAAGAAGCGCACCAUUGAUCCCAAUGCGCCCAAGCGUCCCUUGACCCCUUACUUCCUGUACAUGCAACACGCUCGCUCUAUCAUCGCGAACGACCUGGGUGCCGAGGCACCCAAGGGUGCGGUCCAGGAGGAAGGUCAGCGACGAUGGGCUCACAUGGGUCCUCAUGAGAAGCAGGGUUGGAACAAUGCUUACCAGUACAACCUCCGUCUCUACAACGCCCGUGUUCACUCUUACAAGAACGGCAACCCUGUUGCCAAGGCUAUGACUGACGAGGAGGCGCUCAAGUACGCUGAGGAUUUCCAGAUCCCCAUGCCUGAGCUCAAGGACGUAACCCAAACUGAAGCACCUGCCAAUGACCAGGACAAUAUUGCUGAGCAACUUCAGGCUGUGGCCGCUGCUCCUGCUGCUGAGGAGCCUGAGGAGGCAGAAACCCCUGCCAAGACCCCUAAGAAGGCUACUGGUGGUCGCAAGCGCAAGGUGGCUACUCCCGCUGCCGCUGUUGAGGAGAAGCCUGCCCCUGCAAGCCCCGACAAGAAGCGAAGGCGUUCCACCAAGGCCGCCGCCGUCGAGCCUCAGGAAGAGCCCAAGAAGUCGGGUCCACCGCACCUAGUUCUGGACCGACAUGGAAGGCUAUACCUGUCACGACAUGAAAUCUGGUUCGUAUCUUCCCAAAGCAGACUCAUCGACAUGUCUUCUUUUAUUCGUUGGUACAAUGCCAGAUUGGCUGCGCGUCCACUGCUUACUCAAAGUGUAACCACGGCAUUUCUGUUUGCUACUGGUGAUGUUACAGCUCAACAGCUUGUCGAGAAAAAGGGUGUUCAGAAGCAUGACUUGGUUCGAACAGGUCGAAUGGCCCUCUACGGUGGCUGUGUUUUCGGUCCCGUUGCAACAACAUGGUUCGCUUUUCUCGCCCGCAGGGUCAACGUGAGAAACAACAAGAAGGCCGAGGUUCUCGCCCGUGUUGCUUGCGACCAGCUUGGCUUUGCGCCUGUCAUGAUAGGUGUCUUCCUGGGUAGCAUGGCCACCAUGGAAGGCAAGAGCGCAAAGGAGCGCAUCGACAAGUCCUGGUGGCCCGCUCUAAAGGCCAAUUGGAUGCUCUGGCCUGCUGUCCAGGUCAUCAACUUCUCGCUCAUCCCUUUACAGUAUCGUCUUUUCUUUGCCAAUAUCAUUGCUAUUGGCUGGAACUCGUAUUUGAGUUGGGUCAAUUCCCAAUAG